AUGUGCCUUUCUCCUGCCGAUGGGUGGCUAUAUUUGGCUGCUGCGGAGACUAGGGCUAGCGGCUCCACCGGAUCCAUCGUUUGGACGCGUCGCUCCUAUCAGCCUUCUGCCUCGUUCUCGUCCUCGUUAUCGGUUUCGCUCUCGGUUUCGCUCUCGUUUCCGCUCUCGUGGUCGUAUAUCAGCCACCCCGCAGCCUUCGGAUGCCUGCACAUCUCCCUUUCGUCCCUGCACCAGUCAAUUAUGCCUCCACGUCGCGCCCAUACGAAAUCUCGGAACGGAUGCGAUCAGUGCAAAUCCCGCCGGGUCAAGUGCGACGAAGCGUGUCCGUGUGCCAACUGCGUCAAACGGAACCUGGCCUGCACCUUUGAACGUCGUCCUCCCAAACCCGGUCCGAGUCCUCUCAGUCAAUCCGACCAAUCCCCUGACUCGCCCGGCCUGUCGCUGCGGACCGACAAUGCCAUCAGCUCCUUACAGCCUCACGUUGCGGAUGCAUCUGCCUUUGUCCGUGAGUGGGGCGCGCAGGACCCUGAAUUGAUGCACCACUAUUGCAUCUACACCUCCAGGACCAUGUCGGAUCGGCAGGCGAUCCGUGACGUGUGGCAGAUCGAGGUGCCCAAAAUCGCCUAUUCGUAUGAAUUUCUCAUGCAUGGCAUCCUGUCGCUGUCAGCGCUGCACCUGGCCUACACUCGGCCCGAACGAUAUAGCCACUAUCUCGACACCUCCAACUUCCACAUGGCGCUCGGUCUGCAGACAUUCCGCAUCAUCCUGCAGACUCCGACCAAAGAAAAUUGUCGCGCGCUCUUUUGCUUCUCAAGCUUGGUUAUGGUGUGGACCUGUGGCGCACCGACCGAUCUCGGCGAUAGUCGUCCUCUGGAGAGCGUCAUCCGGCUGUUUAACCUAUGCCGCGGAAUCCUGACGCUUAAACCGUUCAUGUCGCAUAUCGAAAGCGGGUCUCUGGCCCCCCUGUUUCUAAGGGACUUCCGAUUCGACCCAAGCCCGCCACGGGACCAUGCUCAGCUGGUUCUAUUCCCCGGCAUUGACGAUCAAAUACAAGGAAUCCGACAGCUGGUCGCGUCCGAACCCUUGAGCGAGCAGACGAGACUAGUCUAUCAGCAGGCCAUCGAGUGUCUCGAGAAAUCCUUCAGGAAAAUCCAGACCUGCGAGAAGCCCGCCCAAUGCGGGAUGAUCUUCUUCUGGCCCAUCAGCGUGCGCGAUGAAUUUGUCGGCUUCCUCGUGGACAAGAGUCCGAUUGGACUGGUCCUGCUGGCGCAGUACUGUGCGCAGCUGUACCUAUUCCGUGGCUACUGGUUUGUGGAGGACCGGGCCCAAGAGCUGCUCAGUGGGGUGGCCGCGGCCUUGCCAUCGCGAUUGAGCCCAUGGCUGGACUGGCCAAGGCAGUUUUGCUCGAGCGAUUCAGCUGCCCUGCUAUAUCCAUGGAGAUCCCCCGAUGCCAAUGUCGCGUUUUGUGCGGAUUGCCUGGCCUAUGUUAGAGAUGUCGAUGCCAUGUUCCGGGAAAAUGGCAUGGUGGGGGCCAAUCAGCAGUUUUUCCGAUAUGCCCUGGACAAAUCCUGCCGCGGACAGCUCUUGAUCAGCGGCCAUUGCCCCCAAUAUCGGAGAAGAUUCCUAGAAAAGCCGGACAUGUCGCAGCUGGACCAGCCGUUCAAGGCCUGCAGGGGUAUUCGGGCCUGUAAAUAAAUUGGUGGCGCUUGUUCUUUUCUUGUUCCAUGCUACGAUGGCACUCAUGACAGUUGGGUGAUAUGCUUACGUUGAUCUAUCCAUUUAC